GUGAAGGUACGGGCGACAAGUUUACUAUAUAAGCAGCGGGCACCCUCACUGCGGCACUCCUUCCCUCGAGCUGCGCAACCCCGACAUGUCUCUCAAGGUUAUUGUUUUGGCGUGUGUGGCGGCUUGUGCCCUGGCAGACCGCCGCCCUUCCUACCACGCCCCCGACCCAUACGCCCCUCCCCCACCCCCACCACCGAGAUACUCUCCACCGGCCUCCUACGGCAAGGCUCCUGAGUACCCCACGGCUCCUCCCAAGUACACGUACAACUAUGGAGUGUCUGACGACUACUCCGGUGCCAACUUCGGCCACUCCGAGAGCCGCGAUGGCUACAAGACCGAGGGCAGCUACACCGUGAACCUCCCCGACGGCCGCAAGCAGAUCGUCACCUACGUGGACAACGGCGACGGUCUGGAGGCCCAAGUGACGUACGAGGGUGAGGCACAGUACCCUGAAUACAAACCAGAACCUAAGUACAAGCCUGAGCCGAAGUACAAGCCCGCCCCAGUGUACCAGCCCGCCCCUGCAUACGGCGCUCCUCCCUCCUACCGGUCCUAAGCCCGUCGCAACGCCCACACUCCCCUAGCACCGUUCCUACCUUGCUCUUGACGUUCUCCGCCCGGCACCCGCCCGCCACCACCCUAGGACUCCGCGGGCUCCUGACUAAUUUUGUUUUGUAUUUGUUGUGCCAAAGUCAUGGAGAAAUAAACUGAAAGCGAGAA